CAAUAGAGGGUAAGCAGGCAUGAGAUGACCUUUCACCCCACUGUUUCAGUCACCUUUUACCCCCUCCUGCUCCUGACAAACGAUUGAGGUAGGAUUGCGCGGAAGUAAUAACUCUGGAAGCAGGUUUGACAUGGCAGAGGCAGGUAAUGGGUCUCAUACUGCUGUUCCCCAGAGCUUUUGUGAUCGGUCUUCAACAGAAGGUUUGUGCGCCAGAGAUGCAAGUAACCCCAAAGACCAACAGACAGGGAGCAAAACCAGCUUGCACAGUCAACCGGAAGAAAGCACUGGUGAGAUACCCUACAUGUGUGGGGAGUGUGGGUAUAGGACAGCAUCUCGGUUAUCCCAUCACCUGAAAACACCCACAGCGAAAAAAACAUUCAAUGGUGACCACCAACAUUUAGCCAAACACACUGGUGAGAAACCCUACAUGUGUGGGGAGUGUGGAUACAGGGCGGCUCGAAAGUCUGAUUUAUCCCGACAUAUGAAAACUCAUACGGUUGAAAAACCCUACAAAUGUGACCAGUGUGACUAUUCUGCUACAUUGAAAUACAAUUUGGACCAACAUCUAGCCAUACACACUGGUGAGAAACCCUACAUGUGUGGGGAGUGUGGUUACAGGACGGCUAGACGGUUCGACUUAUCCCGACAUAUGAGAAUCCAUACAGGAGGCAAACCCAACAACGUUGACCAGCGUGACUAUUCAACUGCACGGAAAGAAACGUUGGACGGGCAUUUGGAAGAAAAGCACACUGGUGACAAAACCUACACGUGUGAGGAAUGUGGAUACAGAACCACUCAAAAGUAUCGCUUAUCUAAUCAUUGGAAAACCCAUACACGAGAAAAACCCUACAAGUGUUACCUGUGUGACUAUUCUGCUGCAGUGAAGUUAACUUUGGACAAACAUCUAGCAAAACACACUAAUGAGAAACCCUACCUUUGUGAGAAGCGUGGAUUCAGAACAACUCAAACGUUUCAGUUAUUAAGACACAUGAGAACCCAUACUGGAGAAAAACCGUACAAGUGUGACCAGUGCGAUUACUCUGCUACACAAAAAAUUAAUUUGACCAACCAUAUUGCAGCAAAACAUACUGGUGAAAAACCCUACAUGUGUGGGGUGUGUGGGCAUAGAACAGUUCACAAGUCUAACUUGACCAAACAUAUGAGAAUUCAUACCGGUGCAAAGCCCUACAAAUGUGACCUAUGUGAGUAUACUGCAGCACAGAGAUCGACGUUGGAUCGGCAUUUAGCUAUGCACAGUGGUGAGAAACCAUACAUUUGUGAAGAGUGCGGGUACAGGACUGCUGACAAGUCCCACAUCUCCAGACAUAUUAAAACCCACACAUGAGAAAAGCAGAGAAAUGUUACCAUGGCAAUCCUGCAUCUGCAAAAUUUAUUCUGGUCACAAAAGGCCACAGCAUGUAAAUUUUAUGGAUUAAAUCCUUGCAUUUAAGUUUGCGGGGAUUUAAUUUCGAGGUAGAGAGACAAUACAGUGUUCGUAGUGGCUUUGAGUUCGUGGAACUUAAAUGCAUUUAUAGCACUCUACUGUAGAGUAAUCCAGAUGAAGAUAUUCUUGGAUGCAUAUUCUUUAGCUGGAUUACUCUUUCUAGGCAAGGAAGUUACGAAGGACUGUUAUGCGUGUUCUUGUCGCAGUUUUGCCUCCCAGAUGCGAGGUCUUUGUGGCUGCUCCACAGCGGAUUGUGACAAACAAGGUUUGAUUAGUCUUCCUUAUAUGGGCGUGUUGAUUGUCUGACGCUGACGUCACGAGUGGCAUGUGGGCGCUAGAAUGAAUAUUUGAAAUGCGGCAUCUGUCGAGACAUCGAUCAACUGCAACCGAAAAUUAAGUACGAACCUUCACGUGACUCUUAUUAUAUUUUAAAAAAAAUGGGGCUAAUAAAUGCAAAUAUUUGGUUGCACCCGCAAUAUAGUUGGCUCCCAAUCUUACACUUUUCUGUGACCACCCGACAAGAUCGGGAUAACAUGGAGAACACUGCCUGCUGGCGCUAUCUGAUUGAACUGCAGCUGUCCAGUUGAAGCUGUGAGUCGUUUCACAGCGGAUGGCAGAGAACCGAUGAACAGCGGGGCGAUGCCACUAUCCUCCUGCUGAAAAGAGAAAUGAAUUAAAUUGUUAUCAGUGACAUCCCAAUACCAAAUGUGCCUUUGUAAGUUUCACAGUAUAGCAAACGAUUGUACAUAAGAUUUUUGAUAAAAAAUGUGUCUUGCAUAGUUUUUGUUAAGUAACAGCCUUCCAUCGUAUUGCAGUAUGUUUUGAUAUCAUGUGUUUUAGACAUGGCAAGGUCAUUUUUACACAACACAAAUGACUCUUAGGCUCACCAAUGCGUGUGAAAAUAGGAAAUCAAAUGGACUAUAAAUUUCAACAGCCUAAGCACAAAUAUUAUAAUAAUAAUCGCCCACCUCCACUGAACAAACACCAAAGUCCAUAAUGUGUCGAGGUCGAAUAUUCAUAAUAGGAUGAAGGAUCAUUGCAGCAUCCCCGCAAUUCACACCUACGAUGUACAGAUCUAAUAAGCCACAUGCCCUGUAAUAUUUUCGUGACAAACGUACUGUUUGGAAAAUUUUCGUCUAUGUCGUAUGAGUUGGUAUCAUGUAAUGGAGGAUUUUCAUUAAUGAUUCCAUAUGCAAAU